GCCGAUGCUUCAGUCCACUUCCUGGGGCGCGGGAGGAUUAUGGCGGCAGCCGCCACGCGCACCGUCUCCGUUACCGGCAAGAACAAACCGCACAACAUCAAAGAGCACGUCCGGCGGACGCGGGAGAACUCCCGCCGCCGGCAGGCCGCCCUGCUGUUCCUCAGCAACAUCUCCCUGGACGGGCGACCUGCGCGGAGCACCGCGGCGGACAGCAGCGACUCUGACGGGAACGAGCUCGGCUCCCCGGGCAUCCCCGGGCGGCUUCCCCCAGGGGGGACGGUCCCCGGCUUGACCGCCGCGGAGAGCCUCGGCCCGGUCCACUCACCCUUCACGCCGAGGGUAGGGCUGCUGAACCAUGUCCCGCCGCUCCUGGUCCUCCCCUCGGACGCCGGGUUCGACGACUCGGGCGCCGGGGGGCUGCUUCCCCUGCCCGGGGGGCUGCUGCUGCCUGGGCGGCGGACCGCUUCCUUCUCCUCGCCCGGGACGCUGCUGUCCCCCUCGCCGUCGCGCGGGAGCCUGCUGCCCUCCCCGGUGGGCCCGCGGAAGUCCUCCACGCUGCUGUCGGUCCACAGCUGCACGUCCGUGUCUUCUGAACCCCGGCAGAGGAGUCGGAACCUAUCGGGGGGCUCGUCCAGAACGCGCCUCACCAAGAAGAUCCACUUCAUCAAGAACAUGAGACCAUACGACACCCGGGGAAGCAGGAUCGUUCUGAUCUGUGCCAAGAAGUCCUUGUGUGCUGCCUUCUCUGUUCUGCCCUACGGAGAGAGCUUCCACAUCAGUGACCCUAUGUUGCACCACCCCAGGAGGAGACACUCCUCCGGGAACAUCUCGUCCCUGGAGAUGUUACCCGGUCUGGAGGGCUUCCACCUGGACCCCUACAACAAGUCGGUGUCGUACGCCCAGUUCCUGUUCCCCACCAACGCUCUGGUCCGUGAGCGUCCGUCCGUCUCCAGUGACCUCCAGCUGCCCGCCUCACACAGCUGCUACAGCGGGCUGGGGGCCCGGGGCCCCCCCCCCCUGGAGACAGGUGUAGACGACCGGUCAGAGUACGACCCCAACCUGCUCAGCGACCCCCAGUGGCCCUGUGGGAAACACAAGCGAGUCCUCAUCUUCGCCUCCUACAUGACCACGGUGAUAGAGUACGUGAAGCCGUCUGAUCUGAAGCGAGACAUGAACGAGACAUUUAAGGAGAAGUUUCCUCACAUCCGACUCACCCUCAGCAAGAUCCGCAGCCUGAAGCGGGAGAUGCGGUCGGUGGGGGAAGACUGCGGCCUGCAGCCCGUUACCAUAGCGAUGGCCUUUGUUUACUUUGAGAAGUUGGUGCUGCAGGGAAGACUCAACAAACACAACAGAAAGAUGGUGUCUGCAGCCUGCCUCCUAUUGGCCGCCAAGAUCAGCAGUGACCUCAAGAAACAAGAGGUCAAGCACCUCAUCGAUAAGCUAGAGGAGUGUUUCCGUCUGCACCGCCGCGAGCUGAUCCAGUUUGAGUUCACCAUCCUGGUGGCGCUCCAGAUGGCGCUCUACCUGCCCGACAGCAACGUGCUGCCGCACUUCAGACGGCUGCUGCAGCAGCAGGCACUGUAGCGCAGCGCUGCCUGGCCCGGCGGCACCUCACUAUCACUAUCCCCCACCCCCCCCCCCCCCCCCCCCCGGGAGCACUACAGCCCCUCCCUCUCACUGUGAUGCCUGGCACUCUGGGGAAUUGAACCUGCGGCGUUGUGAGCGUUCUGUCCUCCCCCAUCCCCGUCCCCGUCCCCGUCCCCCCCGGUGGUGACCCCAACCCACCUGCGUCCCAGUAGGACACCGUAGCCGCGGUAACCAGCAUGUCCCCUCGCUCAGUCAAUCUUCUUAAUGUCGCCAUGGCGACGUUAUGACACACCUUCCUUCCCACUGAUAUGCAAUACAGAAACAUCUGCUGCCUCAGCAUGCACUGACAGGAAGUGAUAGAACUGGGACAGGAAGUGAUAGAGCUGGGAUGGGAAGUGGUAGAGCUCCAUCACUACACAGUACUGCUGUACUCUAUCACUCUGGUCUACUAAGACUCUACUCUCAUCACUCCCCUCUCCUGCUCCCUUCCCUUACGUCUUUACUUCUGUUUCAAUCCUAUUAUAACCAAAUACUGAUUAUUUUGCACUUUUGUCCUAAUUUGCACGCGGCAACAAGGGAACGACGUUUAGACAAAUCUAUUUUUACAUGUCUGUGGUAAAUGAGUCUGUUGUGGUCGAACCAUUUCUACUAUGAAAGGCACAUGGUUACGUGUUUGAGCAAGCACACACACCCAAGCGCACACACACACACACCCACCCACACCCAAGCACACACACAGAACCUCCCAGUCUGGGAUGAGUUCCUCCCAGUCUGAGCUCCUCCUCUCCACACCAGACUCCCGCUGGGGGAGAUGUUUGUUUAUGGUCACAAUCAUUCAUUUGAAUUGUGUGUCUGACGUGAAUAUUAUUGAUAAGAAUAGUGUUGUAAGAUCUAGAAUAGAUUAUGACCUAUAUCUAGUUUAUAAUAACCAUAUCUAGAUUAUAAUCUUAAAAUGUAGGUUAUAAUCUCCUGAUCUAUAUUAUUAUCUCCAGAUGUAGGUUAUAACCUAUAUCUAGAUUAUCAUCGCCAGAUCUAGUUUAUAACCUAUAUCUAGAUUAUAAUCUCAAAACCUAGAUUAUAAUCUCCAGAUGUACAUUAUAACCUAUAUCUAAGUUCUGUUCCUGGAGAUGUAGGUUAUGUUCCUAGAGAUGUAGAUUCUGUUCCUAGAGAUGUAGGUUCUGUUUCUAGAGAUGUAGGUUAGAACCCAGAGAUUGAGACUAUCCUGUGCUCCCUAUUGACCUUCACGUCUUGGUGUCAAUCAAUCAAUCAGUCAUUCAAUCGCGUUAUUUUAUUUAGUUUCUCGUUUAAUAACGUAUAUUAUUGUUGUUGAUGUUUUUAGGAUUAUAAUUGUUAUUUUAUACUGUUUUCUCUUGUGGAGGAAUGCAGGAAUGCAAAGGGAAGUAUUUAACACAAUAUCCAUGUCUUCCAUUUCUACAUGCACGCCAUUUUUAUAUAUGUCUGUGUUUAUGUUUGAUUAUUAUGCAAUCGCUGCGUUCGUUGACUCUAAAGGGAAACUUUACUGAACAAUUGUCAAAUGUCAAAGAAACCAAAAUCCUCUGAGGAGAGGAUGCAGAUGAUGUAGAACAGGGACGUCAGACACAUUCUGCUGAAUGUGAGUGACGGGAACAAGAGGGGGACGAGCUGUGUGUGUGUAUGUGCGUGUGUGUGUGCAUCGAUAUAUCUACACAUAGAUAUAUCUAUACAUCUCUAUACAUAUAUAUCUAUGUAUAGAUAUAGAUAUUUAGAACCCAGAUCGACUCAGUCCCCCAGUCCUUCUUGUGCCACAGUGACAUCGUCAACCUGCAUCCUUAUUUACCCUUUUAGUAUUUUUUGUACACCUUUUUGAUACGUUUUUGAUAUAUUAAUCCUAUAUUACUUCCUAUAGUGUGACAGGCCGUCGCAUGGCUGAGCUGGUUUUUGAUUGGUGGAGAUAAUGUUAUUCGUAGCCGGAGAGAUUUAAAAGCCUAUUGAGACUCGAACCUGUGACUUCUCUGUAACAUACCGCGAUUCCGUUCCCUCGCCUCUGGCGCCCCUGGGUGGACAACUGCACUGCAUGUCCGUCAACAGGGAUCUAUUCAGCGUCUGUUUCUAUGAAGCCUUUUUUCUGACAUCUGCACUGGAGAAAUAGAUUUAUAAAGGCACAUUUUUCUGUAAUAAAUACCACACACUGUUCAUGUCGAUGUAACAUCUGUUAUUUAUUUUUAAUUAAAAAACACUUUCAUAUUCUGUU